UCAUGCAACCUCCAUCCACCCUACUUCAAUGCUCCUCUCUACUAAUAUCCCAGCUAAGCAUUUCGUCGAACACAUCACAUGUGAGCGCUGCUGAAAAAACCACAUGGCCGGCAUCCACAGAGUAGUCUCUCUCCUUUUUCUCGUCAUGUUCGUGGCCGUCGCGACGUCGACCGAUGCGCCAACCGUAGACCAGCAGUGCGCGACGGAGGCGUCGAAGCUGACGGAGUGCUUGGGAUAUGCGAGCGGACAAGACAAGUCGCCGACGGGGAAGUGCUGCGGAUCGGUGACGGAUAUAAAGGGGAAGGACCCAACUUGCCUUUGCCUCGUCAUUCGCCAGGCCCAUGGAGGCGGCGGCGGCUUUUCCGCCUUUCAUCUCCGGCUAGAUCGUCUACUUACUCUUCCUAAGGCUUGUGCUCUUGCCAACGCUAGCGUCAGCGACUGCCCUAAGCUUCUGAAUUUACCUCCAAACUCACCGGACUAUGCUAUCUUCACCAAUGCUUCUUAUGCAAAUUCCUCAACUACUCCAUCUGCAACUACUGAAUAUCCAUCUGAAGCAGCCAUGAAGCUGAGCUGCAGUUCUUUUCUCAUGAUUGCCUUAUCUGCUGUAUUCUUUUUGUUCUUUCAAAUAGGAGCUUGAAAUCUUUCACUUAUC